AUGGAUGGAAGAUUAGCGAAUACAUGGAGAUUAACAGUGAACGAGAAGAAAUUCAUAGAGACUGCUUUGGCUUCAAACCUUAGAGUUGAUGGUCGCAAUCCUCUCGAGUUUCGUAAAAUUACCAUCAAGUCUGGCAGAGAAGAUGGGUCAUCGGAGGUGCAGCUAGGACAGACUCAUGUAAUGGGUUUUGUGACAGGUCAAUUAGUUCAACCUUAUCAAGACCGACGGAACGAAGGGUCACUUUCGAUUUUUACAGAGUUCUCUCCAAUGGCUGAUCCUUCAUUUGAGCCAGGUCGCCCUGGGGAAUCUGCAGUGGAGCUUGGCCGUAUAGUAGAUCGUGGUCUAAGGGAGAGCAGGGCUGUGGAUACAGAAUCACUUUGUGUUCUUGCUGGAAAGUUAGUGUGGGCCAUUCGUAUUGACCUUCAUAUCUUAGAUAAUGGGGGAAAUCUUGUUGAUGCUGCCAACAUUGCUGCUUUAGCCGCUCUCUUAACAUUUCGAAGACCAGAAUGCACUUUAGGUGGUGAAGAUGGUCAAGAAGUGAUAGUACAUCCACCAGAGGAAAGAGAAGCUCUUCCGUUGAUAGUCCACCAUCUCCCUAUAGCAAUAACUUUUGCAUUUUUCGGCAGUGAGGGCAAAAUGGUGGUUGAUCCUACCUACAGUGAGGAGGCUGUUAUGGGUGGAAGAAUGACUGUAACAGUUAAUGCAAAUGGUGAUAUUUGUGCAAUUCAGAAAGCUGGAGGGGAGGGUGUGCCACAGAGUGUUAUUAUGCAUUGUUUGCAACUUGCUUCCUUGAGUGCUGAAUCCAUAACAAAGAAGAUAAAGAAUGCAGUUGAAGCACACAACACAGAGAGAGCACUACGCAAGAUCAAGCGCCAUCCUACUUCUGUUGCUGGCAAUGUUAGUAUAGCUGCUCAUGAUGUAAAAGAGCAAAAUAAAACUUUUGAGCAGGUAGGAGCUAGUGAGCUGUCAAGGCAUCAUAUGGAUAGAUUGAAGCUGGUAUCUGAGGAAACCUGCAGCAGUAGAAGUAAUGACAACGAUGGUGAUAUCAAAUCAUCUGAAAGAGGUGGAUCAAGUCGAGCAGAGGGCAAUGCUAUGAAUUUUCUUGGGGGUCCAUCAAACUGGGAUCCAUAUCCAAAGGGUGUUGAUCCUGAUUCCCUGAAAGCUUCUCUAGCCUCACGCGGAACAUCAACACAGCAUAUGGAACAAGAAGGAAUUACGGAAAAUAGUCCCAAAACUGAUCCAGAGAAACCAACCAAAGAUAUUAAACAAGAAAUUUUAGCUACAGAUACCUCUGGAACUGCACUGCAAACAAAUGGAGAGAAAACUUUGAAGGAUACUGUGAAGCCCAAGAACAAAAGGAGAAAGAGGGCUUCUUCCAGAAUGAAUGCAAGUUAG